AUGAAGUUCAUAGAGCCUUCCCUAGGGAAAGGCGUCUUUCGCCUGAACCGACCGAUCAACCAAAACUUCGUGGUCGGCGCCAUCCUCUUCUGCCUCCCAGGUAUCUACCUGGCACUGACCGGUCUCGGUGCCGGUGGCGGACGUCCUUCGUCUCAAACAGUGGCCUCGACCACCAAUGCCGUGCUCUAUGGUCUGUUCUGCCUCUUCGGCUGGAUCGGAGGUGCUAUCCUCAACCUGAUCGGCCCAAAAUUGACCAUGGCUUUCGGCGCUCUCGGCUACCCGCUGUACGUGGGUGGUCUGUGGUACUUUGACCGACAAGGCCACUCUUGGUUCCCGUACUUGGCUGGUGCUUUCCUCGGUGUCACCGCAGGCUGUCUCUGGACCGCAGCUGGGUUCGUUCAAUUUGCCUACGCCGAAGAAGACCAGAAGGCUCUGUUUAUCACCUGGCAAUGGGUCUUUACCUCCUUUGGUGGUACUGUUGGCAGUCUGAUCGCCUUUGGUGUCAACUUCCAGCAGACCGAGUCCACUGGUGUAUCGAACGCCGUGUACACUGUCUUCAUCGUCAUCAUGUGCUUGGCCAUCGGGAUCGCACUGGUCUUCAUCAUCUCGCCGAGGAAGGUCGUACGUGACGACGGCACCCACAUCGCCAUCUUCAAGCAGCCGCGCGUCAUGGACGAGAUCAAGGGUCUCAUCAUGUGGUUCACCGACUUGAAGAUCCUCGCCCUGAUCCCCGGCAUCUUCGUCGCCGAGAUGAACCUGGCCCUCCUCUCCAGCAUUAACGGAUACUACUUCAACCUGCGGACGCGGUCGCUCAACAAUGUCAUGUUUCAGUUCAUCAUGAUGCCGUGCCCGCUCCUGCUUGCGUGGAUCAUGGACACGAAAUAUAUCAAGUCACGCCGGACUCGAGGCAUGAUCGGCGCUGUCAUCAUGGGCACCAUCUGUUUAGCCACCAAUGCCGGUUUGGCCGCGUGGAUCACGCGUAACGACGUCAACCGACAGAGAAACACACCUCCAGGAAUCGACUGGACCGACAGCGGCUUCGGUGCCGGAUUCGUUCUGUAUUUGCUCUCUGGAAUCAUCUACGCUACCUACCAAAUCGUGGUGCAGUGGACGCUCGGCGCCCUGACCAACGACCCGGUCGAAUGCUCGCGGCUGGCGGGGCUGUUCAAAGGCACGACGUCGCUAGGCAUGUGCAUCUCGUUUGUGCUCGACUCGAAGAAUGUGUCGUACAUAGACCAGCUGAUCGUGCAGUUCACGCUGUACGCGGUCGGGUUGGUGUUCCUGCUGAGCAUCAUCUGGUUCUGCGUCAAGGACACCAACUACUUCCUCGAGGAGAACGUCAUUGUGCCGCACCGGUGGGAGGAGCGCGCGCGCAUCGAGGGCCUCGUCGCCGAGGAGCAGAUCGAGAAGGAGCACCAGAAGGAGCUGAUCGCUCAGCGAGGCAUUGCCGUCGACGCCAAGAACAUUGGCGAGAUCAUCGAGAAGGGCAUUACCCCGUAG